AGAUAUAAAAAACACAUAGGUAAUUUGGUUAUUAAUUUUAUUAUAUGAAAACUAGGCAGUUUACUCUUUCCAUAACUCUAAUACCUUUAAUUUUACCGAAUUUUAGUAGGAUUAUAUAUUUUUACAUAUAUAAAUUUCCAUAACCGGCUUCUUUACAACUUUAAAAUUCCAGUGCUAUUUCAUCGUCGCAUCGUUUCCUCUCAUCACCAUCGUAUUAUUUAACAACUCAUUGAUUGAGAAUCGACUUCAAUGGACCUGUCAAAAAAAAAAUAAGACUCCAAUGGAUGACAUUGACGAGAAUGAUUCAAUGUUUGAAGCCGAGAUCCUCCCUCGACUCCGCCUCAACACUCUCCAAAGCUGCAAACUGGUUUCAAAGACCUGGCUCGACCACAUCAAAUCCCCGUAUUUCUUCUAUUAUCAUCUAGAGAAAUCCAUUCAAAACCACCACUUAAAUCUAAUCUUCUUCGGCCAUAAUAAUACCAAUUCCGUCGAAACCUUCGACGCUGAAAACCUCGUACCCUCCGUAAAAACAUACGAUUGCUUUGAUUUACCCUCCGUAACCGGAACCUUUAGAAUUGUAGGGUCGUGUAAUGGAUUGCUUUGUUUCAAAUCUACUGAUAUUCGAGACGAGUGUGGAAACUUAUCAUACAAUUUUGUUCUCUACAAUCCCGUAACUCGGGUUGAAAAGAGUUUCCGUGUUUUGCCCGUGUUUAAUCUCGAAAACAAGUCAUGCAAUCUAGGAUUUGGAUUUACUUGUGAUAACAAGAACAUGGACUACAAACUUGUGUUCAUUACAGGACAAGAAAUCCAUGUUUAUAGCUUGAAAACCUUAUCAUGGAAGAGGAUUGGAGAUUACCCUUGUAAGGAUUGGUUGUGGAAAACACCCGAGGAACACGAAGCGCGCGGUGUUCCGACGGACAACGCCAUACAUUGGUUGUCCGGUAAACAACUUGGUGAAAAAAGUAUCUUUAGCAUCGAUCUCAACAAUGGCGGCCAGCAAUUCGAAACACCUCUCAAUGAUACUCGCACACCUAAGCUUGUGACUUUGGGAGGACGUCUGCAUUUGAUAUUCACAAGGUACACGUAUGGUGUUGAUGAAAAUCCUGUGUAUACGUUCGGCAUUGAUAUAUGGGUUAUGAGAAAGUAUGGUUGUUUUGAUGAUUCUUGUGUUCGAUUGUUUAAGGUCCGAAUCGACGAUCUUAAAGAUUUCGCAACACCGGUUUCUAUCAGGGAAGGAGGUCGGAAAGUCUUGCUUCAGCUGGUGCACUUUCGGGAGUCGAAGAAGAAACAUAGUUAUGUUUGGUAUGAUUUAGUCACCAAGGAAUGCGACUGUAAGGUUCAUGAGGUUUCAGCCUAUGGAGUAAUGGAACCAUGUUUGGAGACUUUAGUCGAUCCACGAUUCUACAGAAGCGAGUGAGCAUAGAGUAGAUAACCAUCAAUGCUCCCUCCAUAUUUAAUUGAAAGAUAAUUUUAACUAACACAUAGUUUUAUGAGAGUGGAUUGAAUUUUUAAAAAACAUUAACAACAACGUCAAAUGGUAAUGUUAGUCAAACUUCUGAACUUAAAGGUAGUGUUUCACCAAAUUUUCUCAUUAAACACAUGUCUAAUAUAACUAAGGAUAUGUUCGGUA